GAUUCGAUUGGCUUGGCUUGGCUCGGAUUGGCUUGCUUUCCUCCCCAAUCUCUUCUCCUCGCCAACCACAUUACUUCCCAGAACAACCUGCUGGUAGAGUAACGGUUUCCAUCUCACUCUCGCUGGUGCAGGUUUCCUAGAAAGCCCCGCUUCCCCACCCAGCAGGAGAAAGGCGCGCAGGCGACGGGCAACCAGGCGCAUCCGAGUUUGCGCGCGGCGCGCAGCAGCCGUUUCGCCCCUGCGCUGGCAAGGCAAGGGAGCCGCGGGUUCAGCGGUGGGGGCGUGCCUGCUUUUGCCAAGGACAAAUCUGCGCAUGCUUCUACGGGGCGGGGGCUUCCUCUACCCCCCACCCCACCCUCCAGUAGGCUGCUCCGGUCCAACCUCUCCGCGCUCGUCUUCGCGCAGCGCCAGGCGUCGGAGGUCGGACCGAGCGGCGCGCUGGAGCAGCGAAGGGCGCUGAGCCCCUUCCCGCAACGAGAAAAGCCGAGCCGCCUCCCCCGGGGAAAGGGAUCGGGGCUUCGUGCCCAUCAGGCGCGGCGCCGGAGCCCUGGAGGAACGGCUGCUGCCCAGUUGGACCCGGAGGCGCCCGCGCCCUCGCCCGCGGAGGGAGUCUCGCAGGUGGCGCUCUCCGUGGUGCUGAAUCGCGCCCCGUCACCGGCGGCCGGGGUUGCGAGCGCCCCUACGGCUCUCUAAAGGCGCCGGGCUCCUAGCUAAUCCGCUCUUCCCCGGGUCGAACCCGGCGCUGCCUCACGAAGCCAGCCCAGCCCAGCCCUACCCAGACUGCCUUGGCUCUCCCGUUGAGCAGCCCCCCGGAGGAACCCGUCGCCCAGUUCCGUGGGAAUCAUGGCUGCGCUGACAAAGGUUGCCUACGCCUCGACUCUGCUGGCGGCGCUUUGGGUCGGCAUUUGUUCUUCCGUUUGCGUCGAGGUCCCUUCGGAGACAGAGGCCGUGCAAGGAUCGCGCAUGAAACUCCUGUGCAUUUCCUGUAUGAAGCGGGAAGAGGUUUCUGCUAACACCUUGGUGAAAUGGUUCUACAAGCCCGAAGGAGGGCAAGAUGUAGCCAUCUACGAAUACAACAAUGAGAAACGGGAACUUGAAAGUCCUUUCCAGGGGCGGCUGGAGUGGAACGGAAGUGCAGAUAUGCAGGACGUUUCCAUAUCAGUUCUCAACAUCUCUCUGAACGAUUCAGGGAUCUACACCUGCAAUGUCACCCGGGAAUUCCUCUUUGAGACCCACCACCCCAUCUUCACCAGCUCGACACUGAUUCAUCUCACAGUGGUGGAGGAUGCUGGAAAAGAUGUAACCUCUUUCAUCUCUGCAAUAAUGAUGUAUAUUCUCUUGGUCUUCCUCACAUUGUGGCUCCUGAUUGAGAUGAUUUACUGCUACCGAAAAGUCUCCAAAGCAGAGGAGACCGCCCAGGAAAAUGCUACCAACUACCUCGCCAUCCCGUCGGAAAAUAAAGAAAACUGUGCUAUACCUGUGGAGGAGUAGGAGAUGAAUUUGCACCAGAGUGCCGUUUGCAACAAAGGAGCCCUGCAGACUCCAGGACUAAGAAAUCACUGCAGCCGGAUUGAAAGGAAUCUCAUUCCACGAGGUGGAAUCAUGAGGCUGUCUAGAUUUAUUUCCUCCUCCAGGGAGACAUCGGUGGCUUCCAUCUUGAGCUUAGCAACCGGUUGACUAACUGCCUUCCUUUGAGACAAACUGAGACAGACCAAGAGGUCAGGAUGGCACCGUUCAUCCCAUCGUUGUCCCAGUUUUGUAAAUACUAACUGCAUCUCUCCCUAAAGUAGAUUUUCAUUGAGGUCUUUGCCAUCUCAGCUGCACCAGGACAUUCUCCACCCUGAACCUUCAUCUGUCUUCAGUCUGGAAUUAAUUUAGAGUCCCAGUGUCCCUGUCCCAAUGUGGGGCAGUCAGGCAAAGCUAAGAAUCAAAAAGUUUGAGCUCAUUGUAAACCUACAAGAGAGAAGCAGGAGAAGAACUCAGGAAGCUGGAAAUGUUGUGGAGAUGACCACAGUAGCCUUGAAACUAUCACCAUCUAGGCAUUAGUUGGAGCAGAAAGCUUCCAGUGAUUGCAUAAUUUUGUUAAUUUCCUCCUUGACAUGGGCCAAGGUCAAUCCAAUGCUUGUCCUGAGUGAAUUCCAAGUAUGAAGAAUAAGUUCCUGAUCAUGCAAGUGAUAGGUUUAGGCAAAUCUCCAGAGCAAGCUUUUGAAAUGAUGGUAGCAAAAGCUGACAGAAGAAAGUUCUUCACCGAACACUGAUAUCUGAAGCAGGCAAGUGGUCACCCUUUGGUGCUUGGGAGGGUCACCACCGUGGCCAAGCAGCCAGAUUAGAAGAACGCAAACAAAGUGCAAUCUUAGUCAACCUUGGCUUUGUUGAAAGUAUAGCAAGGCUGGUGUUCCAUUGUCCGGAAAUAAUUCAGAAUUUAUGUUUCCUUAUUGGCCAGUUUUGGAUGAGGGAAAUAGCAAGUAGAACUAUACUAAUAUGGAUUCCCAUCACACACCAGUAGCAGAUAAAUUUAAGUUUUACAAUCUUCUCCUCGUUAACCUUUCUAAAAGGAAUUAGCAACCUGGGGCCUUCUCUCAAAGGUGCUUUUAUUUUAAAGGCAAGUGGACUUCCUGAUUUUUCUUUAAGACGUUUGUGCUUCUCAUCCAAGAAGCUUCUUCAGUUCUAGCAGUCAGAACUGAAGAAGCUUUUUG